CCUUUUGAGUUUUGGAGCUUUUAGUUGAUGUGACACCGACAGGAUCCGGUCUUUAUGGUGGUGGUGGGUCACAGAGCCAUACGGGGCUGAUGAAAAAUCCGAAAUAGGAGCCAUGUCCGCCGCGCAGGGACUCCUCAACAGCGUCUUCUCCUGCUCCUCUCCCGCUUCCAAAGCCAUCGCCAAGCGGAGACUCCGUCAGACCCGCAGCUUGGACCCCGCCAUCAUCCGACACUGCGGCAACGGGAGCGACGCGCCGUUUCCGGCGGCAGGUGCGCCCGCGGGCGCUAAAGCGGCUUUACGCGCGCGGAUCCCGGCACUGAAGGAGCCCAUCGCCCCUUCGCUCUCCUCCCCCUCCAUCCCCUCAGAGGUGUCCCCGUCCUCCAACUUCCACUUCGACUACGAGCUCGUUAAGCGUGCGAAACGGAUUAGCGCCGCGGAGUUACCGAGGGGAGGCGGCGCGGCGCAGCCCGCGAGCGCCGGGACGCUCUUCUCCCCGCGGAGGUGGCUGCAGAGGAAAGUGCAGCCCGCGUGCCCUCGCCACUAUGUGGUGUGGAACUCAGAGGGGGAUUUCACCUGGAGCAGCCUGUCGGGCCGGACUGUUCGCCUCACGCCAGUUGCCAUCCAGAGCCUGUCUGAGCUGGAGAGGGCCAGGCUGCAGGAAGUGGCAUUCAACCGCUUAGUGCAAGACUACGACCUGGGAUGUCAGAUCACCAUGCCAAAAGAUGGACAGAAGAGGAAAAAGUCUCUGAGGAGAAAGCUGGACUCUCUGGCCAAAGAGAAAAGUAAAGACAAAGAGUUCGUACCACAGGCGUUCAGUAUACCCCUAUCUCAGGUCAUAGCCAAUGACCGAGCACACAGGCAGCGUCAGGACAGUUACCGUUUCGACUUGCCACAGCGGGAGGAGCAAAAGGACUCUUCUGACCUCGUCUCGUCCAUUUUACAGUUUGCCACCAAGAGGCCAUCGAACAAGGAGCUGUCCAGCAGCAACUCUUCUCUGAGCUCCACAUCAGAAGCCAACGAGUCUACGUCACCCAACACCCCCGAGUCUGCACCUCGAGCCCGCAGGAGGGGAGGAAUGUCGGUGGAUUCCAUCACUGACCUGGACGACAACCAGUCCCGCCUCCUGGAGGCGCUGCAGCUGUCCCUGCCAGCUGAAACACCGAACAAGAAGGAGAAGCACAGGGACAAGAGGCUGAGCCUCAAUCCCAUCUACCGGCAGGUCCCCCGGGUGGUUGACAGCUGCUGUCAGCACAUCGAGAAAUAUGGUUUGCAAACGGUUGGCAUCUUCAGAGUGGGCAGUUCGAAGAAGAGAGUCCGACAACUGCGAGAAGAAUUUGAUCGUGGCAUCGAUGUGCAGCUGGACGAAGAGCAUAGCAUUCACGAUGUGGCCGCCCUGCUGAAGGAGUUUCUCAGAGACAUGCCUGACCCUCUUCUCACGAAGGAGCUCUACACGCCCCUCAUUAACACCACGCCAUUGGAGCCAGAAGAGCAACAAAGUGUCACUCAGCUUCUGAUUUACUUACUUCCUGCCUGCAACAGUGACACUCUUUACCGUCUGCUGGAGUUCCUGUCCAACGUGGCCGACCACGCCAAUGACCGGCAUGACAAAGAGGGAGAGGAGAUGACGGGGAACAAGAUGACGUCACUGAACCUCGCCACCAUUUUCGGCCCCAACCUGCUCCACAAACAGAAGAACUCUGACAAGGAGUUCAGCGUCCAGAGCUCUGCCAGGGCCGAGGAGAGCACGGCUGUGAUCGCCGUCCUGCAGAAGAUGAUUGCAAGCUACCAGUCGCUCUUCAUGGUGCCUCCGGACUUGCAGAAUGAAGUGUUGAUGAACCUCAUGGAGACUGACCCGGAUGUGGUUGAUUACCUUCUAAGAAGGAAGGCGUCCCAGAGUCCCGACCUUCUACAGUCAGAGGAACCCUUCAAUCUGAGCGAGCAUCAUUCCUCGACCGACUCCAAUAAAGCAUCCAGUGGUGAAGUGUCCCCUUAUGACAACAACUCCCCGGUCCUGAGCGAGCGCCGGGGAGAAUCGGGGAGUUCGCCUGGUGAACAGCUCGCCAACGUCCCGGAGAACUACUCUGAGGUGGGACAGGAAACCGACUCGUGGGGUUCCAAAGAAGAACAUGCGAACAUUUGGGGAACGUGGCACAGUACUCUCAAACCUGCACUCAAGAGCCAGUCUUACACAGGAUCCCAUGGGAACAUGUCAGAGGGAAGCUCCCGCAGCUCACAGGAAGGUCUUGAUGGACUUCAUGGUGACAUCAAGCAGCAAACAUCUGUACAACAACCCACACCUGGAACAACUGAGUACAGACCCCACACACGCGUGACUCGAGUGUGCACUGGCACUCCCUUGGAGGCGGGACAUCCGCGGCUCCAGCUAACCACAAAUUCCCCCGUGACAAACCUCAACAGCAGACAUGGCAUCCAGCGGCCAACUGGACACGGAAGUACCCGCAUUUCCAGAUCUCAAGGUGUGGGGAACACCGGGAAAGGUGUCCCCUCCGUGUUUCACCAAUCCCCACCCCCUUACACCGCUCAUCACAGAAUGGCGAACUCGCAAAGCUCCCCUCAGCUCUCUCAACAACCUCCGCAGCAAAGUAACUCGGCCUCGGCCAGAGAGGCACAGAUGGUGCCGCGGAGUCAGGAGUGGCAGGACUGGCAGAGGGAGCGGUGGCAGAUCUGGCAGCUGCUUUCCUCAGACAAUGCUGACACACUUCCAGAGACACUGGUGUGAUGUCACACCCUGAAUUGUAGAGAUUAUCCUUCAGUUAACGACAAACCCUGCAUCUUUUUCCCCUUAUGCCUGCCUGAUUCCUGGUUCACAUGUGGUUGGUGUUUACGUGUGCAGCUGCUGCCUCCUCCAAAAGCCACUAAUAUCUUGUGUUUUGUGUGUUUAGAAGACACUUCAGCUUCCAGCCUACAUGUGCUGUCCAUUAUAACGUUAGGGGCUUUAGCUGCCCGCCAGAAAUACCUCAAAAGGUUCAUCCUUUCUAAACAUGAUCAAGUUUUUCUUUCUUUUAAUGGAGAAUUUUAGUAAACUAUUCUUUUUUUAUUUUUUUAAUAUUUGUUCUCAGUUAAGCAGUUGUAUUCUUUAAAAAAAAAAAGAAAGCAAACAAAAAAACAUCCAUGUAUGCAUUGCUGCUAGAUGUUAACAUCUUAUGUAAAUAGGUCACGCUGAGGAUGUAAAUAGAUGUACAACUAUUGACAAAACAUGGAAUUUGUUGUGUAAAAUACGAAACUUGCCUUAAAGUAUCUACCUAGACGUGCUCAGAUGGCCGUUCCUGUGUCACAUUGGGAAUGUAAAAGCUUCGCUUCAGGCUCUGAAUUGGUUAGGAAGCUCUUAGCUGGGAGUCUGCUGCUGUGUGCCAAAGCCUCUUUAUUUACUCCAGGAUUUUCUUGGACCGCUCUGUUUGUUUUGUCCAUUUUUUUGGGGGGAUAAUUCCAGGUGAAAACUGAGGAGGUUCAUGUCUGGGUUGGGUCUCAGUGAGCUGAGGCAGAUCGAGACUUUUUAGAGACACAAAAGUGGGAUAAAAUACGUUAAUUAACAGUUUUUGUUGUUGUUUUCAACUGGUAUUGCUUGAAUUAGGUAUACACAGACGGAAACGUUUAUGUAAACGGUAUCGAACAAACUGAAAUUGCGUGAAAAUGGUCAUUUUAAAAUGUGUCUAAUCCUGUUACAUAUCUUUGAAUCACAUCUCAAAAGGUUAUACGUGUACAACUAAAACUAAACAGGAAACAAUUUAAGACUGGUUCAGGAUGCCCUUAAUAUUUGUUUGGAAUUGUUUAAAACCACAAAUAUUUCAACGACUUUUACCAAUAUCGCAACUUGUUUUCAGACAAAAUAGUAUUAUUUAAGUAGUAUUAGUAGUAUAAACCACUACAAUGAUUAGUUUCGGGCAGAUCAAACUGAAAUGUUUGUUGUGGAAUCAACUGUAGUUAGAACAAGUAUUAUAAAGAAUUACGUUCAAAAUUGAACUGAGAUGACCCUGACAUUGGAGUCAUUCUAAUUGGCUAAAACGGGUCACAUGUCUGGGCAUUUCCAGGUCAUAUAACACUAAACCCAGGACCGUUCAGAACGGUGCAAAUGACCAGAACUGUUCUGGGAGAUUUGCUGAACAAAUAUCUUUUGAGACGUUCUGUGACAAACAUGAGGACAUCUGCAACCAUUUGUCUGCACUUUUUUCACCAGCUGUUACAAAAAAAUUACUUUCACUAUUUAUUGACAAUCCUACAAAAUGUUUGUUGUGUGAAUAUUGGGAGAAGUUCCUACCAAAAUGUGGGCUAAAGUUGGAAACAUUGGCAGAAAAUUGAGAUUCCCUAUUAGUGACAUGCCCUGAUUUACCAAUGAAACAGAAAAAUGUCUUCCAUUUCUCACUUUUGACUAAUAGAAACUCCAUUAAUAUGAGAAUUAGAAAGCCUGCAAUAACAUGAGGACUAAGAUUUCCUUUAUGAAUUUGUCAAUAUGCCACCAGGAAACCAGUAUCAAACACCAAUAUCAAUAAAGUCUCUGGUUAUAACAAAAGUCUUAGGUUUUGGUAUAAUUUCGACAAACGUUUGGGCUGAUAUUUCUAUUGGUAGUUUGAAAACUUCAGCAGAAAAGCAAUUUUCCAAUCCUCUGCUGUAGCUGUUAAACAUUUCAUAUAUCGUCAGUGUAAAAAAGGUUGGCUUGAUUGGUGUAAUCGACCUGUAGGUGUCACGUGUGACAACACUGAGGAUCUUUGGCUUUAUUAAGAAGUUCUAACCAAUUCCUUGAUUGGUAUUUGUCGCAGUCCAGUGAGAUCCAACCCGAACAAGAAUCUGAGUUCAUCUAUGAUUGUACAGAUUCACCUCUAUUGGUAUUUUUGGUAAUUAAUGUUCACCUGUAUACAUAUUUAAAAGCCAUAGACUAAAAACUAAAACAUAAUUAGAACAUUAUUUUUUUUAGCCUUUUUAGAUUUAAAUUCUCCUUUAAAACCAUUAAAAAAAAUCUAGCUAAUUCUCAACCCUCAAAGGGCCUCAUUUAAUUUUUAGAGAAUACUUUAAGGCUCUCUUAUUGCAGGUUACAUAAAAUGGCUAAAUAUGCAGUGUCAAUCACCCCUAUUGACUUCAUUUAAAUGUCACAAGUGAAUAUUUGCUGGCAAGUUGUUCACUUUUUCAUCCGAUUCUAGUGUUUUGGAAGCCAGAGAUGAGAGCCUUAUGAGUUUAGCUGUGGUUAUGGCGCCACCCUCUGUCACACGUAAGCAUAUUACGGCCUCCCACUGUCAACCCGUCUCCAUGGAAACCCAACAAGCAGACUCCAAGCACCUUUUAUGAAAAUGUGCCAUAUCUCCCGCUCCAAAAAGUCCUGACAUUGGUUUAUUUUCUGGUUUGUUGUCUUUUAUGUGUUAUAAGAAAAACAGUAUCAUUUUUACUCAGAAGGAGGAAGACAGUAUUCCUUUGUGGUCCUAAAAUGUUUUGGUGACUCUACCAGACUGUUUUGUUGUUUUAUAAUUUGGUGGGCGUUUCCAGGUUGUCUUGUAACUGCUUUUGUACGGCGUGCCAUUGUCAACAAAUUGAAUGGGAUUAAAUAUGUUUAUGUUUA